GCGAACCAGGGACGGAGACUAUACACACACCUGCGGCGCCGAUCGUUCGCUUCGGCUGCCACUUGAGAGAUUUCGUUCGAAGUUUGCGUUUUUCUCCGAAGAAAAGGGUAGACAUUGAAGGGUAGGAUGGGUGACGUGGGCUAUGACUUUGCUGCUGACGACCGUGCCCGACGCCGUGAAGAGCGCCGCCGCCGACGGGCCGAGGAGAAGGCACGAGAGGAAAGAGAACGAGCUACGUUCGAAGUGGGCCGAGUGGCAUCCUUCCGCAGCUCCCGCAGUUCUGAGCCGGAAGUCGAAGUGAAGCUGCAGAACAAUGACCAAUCAAGUGAAGAGGAUUCGUCAGGUGGUAGCGCUAAGUCCAAAUUGCUUAAGAAGACUCCCACAAGGAUGUCCAGAGAAUCAUGGGAAGACAAACAGGAGUUCAGUGAGGUGGAAUUGAGAUUGGAGGCAAUCCGCCUUAAGCGAGAGCAGGAGAAUGAGGAGCGUUACAGGGAACGGCUGGAAGAGCGUCGCUUGGCCAAGGAGCGGAGUGAACUGCAGCGACAGGAACUGGAAGAACGCAGGGAGCGACGUCGGCUGAAGCAAGAAGCAGAGGAGCGGCGUCAGCAGCAAGAGGAGGAAGAGAGGCGGGCCCGUGAAGCUGAGGAAGCGAGGAAGUUGAGGGAGGAGAUUCAGAAGCGCCGGCAGGAGGCAGAAGAGCGCCGUCGCAACAUCCAGAACUCCCUGAGCUACAUUCGCCCCAAAUACAACAUCUCGGACAGCAUCCUGCAGGCUGAGAGGGAGAGGUCCAUGACCCCCGAAGAGCAGGCUGAGCUGAAAGCCAGGACCCUGGAGGAGCAAGUGCCUCCACUGGACAUCUCUGCUUUCACCAGCGCGGAGAGGCUGCGGGAGCUGGCAAUGGACCUGCAGGCCAAGCUGAGGAAGCUGUAUGCCGCCAAGUUUGACCUCAUGAAGCGUAAACAGCGCCAGGAGUAUGAUUUGACUGAACUGAAUACAAGGAUUGGAGACCUGACCAAAGCACCUCCUCUAAAGAAAACCUACGUGACCACUUUCAAGUUUGGACUUGUCAGCAAGAUCAAGGAGAAGGGCGUCUUUGCUGAAGACAAGCCACUGAGGAAGACAUUCCCUCAGGAGCGCAACGAGGGUAAAGUGGCCGGCAGUGGGAUGCAGGAUCGCCUGAACAUGUUCCAGAACAAAACGGAUCACAGUGAGGACCAACCGGACAUCAAAAGGUCUGGCCGAUCCACCUGGAAGGCGCCGGCACACGACAAGUGCUGCAUCUGCGACAAGAGCGUCUACACCCUGGAACGCCUAGAGGUGGCCAAGAAGAUCUACCACAAGCAGUGCUUCAAGUGCCAGUACUGCAAGAAAAUCACCAGUUUGUCCGAAUACGCCGUGUUUGAAGGCAAGAUCUACUGCAAACCUCACCAGCUCAAGGUGGAACAGGAGAGCCUUCGACACGGCGUCACACCCCGUCACUAGGGAUGUGCACUCGCUCCCUCGAAGACCAAGGACUGAAAAGACUCGGCGCUUUCUUCCGAUGUGCGAUCUGUGAGGUCGUCUUGUGCUCCCCAUCCACUGUUCACCUCUCUGUGUUUCCAACUUUGACAGUUAUAAGGAAACUCAUUCUUCACAAUGUUUUAACCCUAAAAGAGCCGGACUAUUAUGGACCAUCUCAUGGCCAGGGGAGGGGGGGGCAGAACAACUCCCCCCCAAAAACUAAACUUGCAUGCGUGUAGAGCUACUCAUAAUCGGUGUAGAUGUUAAGUUUCAACUCAAUCCAACGCAGAGGUUCGUGGUUUUGGUAAUUUGAAUUUCAAGGCUGCACUUAUGCCAGCCUGGGUACAUUGAGCAUGCUAGUAGAAAAAUAUGUUUUGGGCUGAACUGUCUUGGACAUACAGUGGUAUGUCCAGUUUUCACACAAUCGGUGUCAAAAUGACCGCAAGAACUUGCUGAAAAAACUCCCGAGGGCUCAGCAGCUGAAAAAAAAGUUGAGCCCCCCUCCCCCCCUGGCUCUGUUAGGAUUGAAGAAGAAUCGACUGAAAAUAAUCACAUGGAAUCUUUCACACCUCGGGACAAACUGAACUUAAGUUACCUCUUGUAUGUGAACAUCUGUUUGGGAAGGCACUGUGCCUCACAGGUAACCUCGCGCAGAGGAAAAGCUUAGAAACCCACGGCAUUCAUUAAGAAGUGGUAAGCUUAGACACUAUGUAGGGGAAAUACUUUAACCACUUCCUGCCGGGGCAGUUAUCAAUGUUGAUGAUGCUGGGGCGGGAUGUUUAUCAUUUUUUUCCGUUUGCAAAAUGUUUCAAAAAUUCCUAUCUUCAUUUACUGCACACUAAUACCCACACGAAGAAUUGUCUGGGUCCCACUCUAGCCUGACAGACAAAAUCUGUUGAUACCCGGGUAUUUCAGCCAGGCUUGAACAGUCUUUAGUUACAAGGAGACCCCGGCCACGCAUAUAAAGCAUGCGUAUCUAGAUCCGGAAUCCCCAGCAGGAAGUGGUCAAUUACGCACAUUGUACUCACACAGAACAUAGUCGUAGAACUCUCUGUAUGUGAAGUGAUGCGCCUCGCAGACGUUUAAUACUAUGCGGAUUACUUAGGGACCUUGCAUUCCUCAGAGCGAAGUGUAUCACCCGUUCUGCAACUCAAAAAAUGCACCACAUUGAACAGAAGCAUUGCCUUUUUAGUUUGCCGGUAUUAAAGUUUAACUUAGGUUUAUGUUGCAGCUGCACGUUCUGAUGUAGUAAGUGCAGUCUUUUUUUUUUAAAGUCAUUUCAACGGCUGAGAACUUGGACCAAAAAUUUUAUUUUGUAGUAUAUGCAACUUACAUGCCACAUUGUAGCACCACCCCCGUACGUUUGCAUGAGAGUGUCGAUUACGCUAUGUAGUAAAUUGUACUCUGUAGACUGUAUUUAUAAUUGGGUCAUUCCACAAAGUUCGGGCACAGUUUGUGACAGCGUCCCUUGUUACACAGUGAAAAUAAACAUCUUUUUUCCCCUGCAUGUGGAUU